AGUGCAAAGAAACAAAACAAAUAAAAGAAAAACGAAAGCAGAUCUAUGGGCAUUUUAUUGCCACCUGUCUCACAGGUGACAAACACACGCAUUAAUCUUACGCAGCAUCAUCGAAAUCGCAGUUUAGACAGCGCAUUGCAGAGAAUACCAGAGGUUGAAGUCUCAUCACCUAAUGCUGAAAGCGAGAAUACAUUUUGCACACCAUCAAUACUUGGUACAACGAUGUGCUCGAAAAUAGUUACCACCGCAGCGAAUGUAACGGCAGCAUUAACCACAACCACAACUCCAGCGCUGACAUCAUCAUCCACAACAGCAGCGGAUACAACUGCAAUUGGUAUUGUAUCAACCACAGAACCCACUGUUACCACAACAGGACCAACACCAUCAUCAUCAUUAUUAUUAUCACCACCACCACCACCACCAUCCGCACCAUCAGCAUCAUCAUCAUCGCCUUCUACAUUAUCAUCCAUACAUCAUGUUACAAAUCUCAGUGUAAUUGUCGAACCGACCUGCCCCGCAAUGCGUACACGACCCAAAUCAAGUGAGAAUCCUUCGCGCAGCAACAGUAAUAAUACUUGCAAUAUUGUCAGCAACAGCAGUGCCAACAGCAGUAAUAAUAUGAAUAGCAACAAUGGCAAUGGCAAUAGCAAGAAACGUGAGGAUCUCACCAGUCUUGGUUCAGAUGAUUCAGGCAUAAUUUGUGGUUCUGAUUCUGACCAAAUUUCACUUAACCGUAUACGACACUCGCAUGAAUCUUUAGACUCUGGUGAAAUGGAUGCAGAGGAAGAAUGCAUUGAUAUGCUAGAAACAACAUCGAUGGAUGAAGAAUAUGGCAUUCUUCAGUCGGACCUGUGCUUUUAUCAGUCGCCUGAUACAGAUUGUCGUACUCUGAGACCAACACGUAAACAGAAACAACAAAAACAAAAUAAUAUUGAUAAUGAUGUUGCCGCUGGUGGUGACAAUAAUACCACUAAAGAACUUAAUGAGCGUAUACGUUACAGAGAGAUGAAUAUGUCUCAAGCAGCUAUAAAUUUGGAGCGUAAAAUUGGUGAUCCAAUUAUCGACGCUGAAGCUGAGACACCUACUGCUGACGUGGUAGAUGCAAGUGCAGCUACACCAACGGCAAACUUACCAAUAUCUUUAGUAGCAUCACCUACUAACGCUUUACCCGGUAAACCACUAAAAACUGGAGAUGCGUCAACAAAUGAAUCAACAAAGAAUGAUGUGCUCUUCAAGAACUUCUUUGGUGCCACUAAAAAUGCUAUAUUCCGCACCGCACAAAGCAUUAUAGAAAAUCAUGAAAAAAAAAAUGCAGCAAAAAAUAAAACAGAAGAGGGUAAUACUACACAAGAUCAAGUAAAGUCGCCUACUGACAUUUCAAAGAAGAAAGAAUUUUUUGGUCUUAUUACUUCAAGUGCAAGUAAAAAGGCUGCUGCGGCCGCUGCCGCUGCUGCAGCAGCUGCAUCGGCAUCUGCCACAAAUACACCAGCCACAACACCUUCUAUUGAAUUGCCAAUUAAUUGGAAAUGCAAAAUACGUCAUGAUGGAUCAUCUUUAACUCUUUCACUAACAGCAGCAAUAGUUUUUAUCAAGUAUUUCGAUGUGGAUGAUAUAUGUUUUGUUGCACAAUACAAUUAUGCAUAUCCACAAUUUUUCCAACCAAGACAAAAUAAUGCAUUCAAUUUUCCAAAUCCAAGUUUUGAAAUAAAUCAACUGAAUGGUUUUGCACGAGAACCAAGACAAUUCUUUCCAAGUUUUCAACAGCAGCAGAACUUUCCACAACAGUUUCCUUCAGGACCCUCACGUCCAUUCAAUUUUCCAACAGACAACUCUUUGAGUGCCAUGCAAAUAUUAUCCACAACACCAGCGCCUAUAACUACAACUACAAUUCAAUCGGUCACAACUUCAUCUCCACAAUAUUUUUCCUGUUUACAGAAUUGCCAAACCACUAUGGAAUAUAAUCCCGUUUGUGGUAGUGAUAAUCAAAACUACCAUAAUAUGGCAAGACUCUUAUGUGCUUCUCGUUGUGGAUUAAAUGUAUCAGCUGUACGCAUGGGUACUUGUGCUCCUUUAGGACGAUAACGGAACCAAUUAGUUUAAAGCUAAACUACAAACAUGUGAUUAUAUUUUUUUAAUAUACUAUUAAUUUUUAUACCCUUUUGCAAUAAUUUA